GCUUGCUGUCGGGGGUUGGGGGUUAUGAUGGGGCUUCGUUCUUAUAACGCGCGGGUUGUUGCGGUUUGUUUGCGUUCAUGUGUUUGUAUUGUCGGGUGCAUUGUUGUGGAUCAAUAGAUGCUUGCGUGGGGUGGAUUUGGUUGUGUAGUUGUGAUAUGCCUGGUGUCUGAGGUUGCUUGGCUUGUGACGAGCAAGAUUCUGGUGGAUUGUGUUUUGAGCUCUACUAGAUGCUUUCUAUCCGGAUGUAGCAGGAUUAGUUCAAGGCUCUGGACGUAUCACGCGAUCCUCUAUAGGCUACUGACCAGUUGAUUCUGUCAGGACCCAUACUGAGGAUAGGCGUUUACGGAAGGUUAACAUCUAGGUGGAGUAGCUAC